AGGCCCAACUCUGGAGAACCAGGAAAUGUUACUGUUAUCAUUCAAGGAUAUAGCCAUUGAUUUUACUGAAGAGGAGUGGGAAUGCCUUCAGCCUGCUCAGAAAAACUUAUAUAAAGAUGUGAUGUUAGAGAACUAUAGAAACUUUGCCUUCCUGGCCAUGACUCCAUAUGAUACCCAAGAAUAUUCACCAGAAAAGGGCAUAAAACAUUUAUUUCCCAAAGUGAUAAAUGGGAAAUAUAGAAGUUGUGGUUUUGACUAUUUACAACAAAAGAAAAUAUGGAAAACCACAAGUGAGAGUGAACACCAGGAAUCAUAUAAUACAAAAUUAGGCCUUGUUCACCACCAGAGAAUUUAUACUGGAGAGAAGCCCUACAGAUAUAAACAACGUGGCAAAGCUUUUAGUAAAAUAAAUGGUCUUAUUAACCACAGAGUAACCCACACUGGACAGAUGCCCUACCAAUGGGCAGAAUGUGAUAAAGUUUUUAAAGAAAAAUUAAACUUUAUUAAGCAAAGCAGAAUUCACACUGAAGAGAAGCCCUACACAUGUGACAAAUAUGAUAAAGCUUUUAGUAAAAACUUAAACCUUAUUUACCAAAGAAGAAUUGACACUGAAGAAAAGCCCUACAAAUGUAAAGAAUGUGGUAAAGCUUUCAGUCAAAAGUCACAACUUAUUUGCCACAGCAAAACUCAUACUGGUGAGAAGCCUCACAAAUGCAUAGUAUGUGACAAAGUUUUUAAUCAAAUAUCAACCCUUAUUUGUCACAGAAGAAUUCACACUGGAGAGAAGCCCUACAAAUGUAAAGAAUGUGGCAAAGCCUUCAGUCGAAAAGUUGGUCUCAUUUGCCACAGAAGAACUCACACUGGAGAAAAGCCCUACAAAUGUAAAAAUUGUAGCAAAGCUUUCAGUCGAAAAUCACACCUUAGUUGCCACAGCAAAACUCACACUGGAGAGAAGCCCUACAAAUGUAAAGAAUGUGGCAAAGCCUUCAGUCAAAAAGUUGACCUUAUUUGCCAUAGCAGAAGUCACACUGGAGAGAAGCCCUACAAAUGUAAAAAUUGUAGCAAAGCUUUCAGUCGAAAAUCACACCUUAGUUGCCACAGGAGAACUCAUACUGGAGAGAAGCCCUACAAAUGUAAAGAAUGUGGCAAAGCUUUCAAUCAAAAAACAUGCCUUAUUCGCCACACCAGAUCUCACACUGGAGAGAAGCCCUACAAAUGUAAAGAAUGUGGAAAAGCUUUCAUUCAAAAAUCAGACCUUAUUUACCACAGAAGAACUCACACUGGAGACAAGCCCUACAAAUGCAAAAAUUGUAGUAAAGCUUUCAGUCGAAAAUCACAUCUUAGUUGCCACAGCAGAACACACACUGGAGAGAAGCCCUACAAAUGUAAAGAAUGUGGCAAAGCCUUCAGUCAAAAAGCAGACCUUAUUUGCCACAGGAGAACGCACACUGGAGAGAAGCCCUACAAAUGUAAAAAUUGUAGCAAAGCUUUCAGUCAAAAAUCACACCUUAUUUGCCACAGCAGAACGCACACUGGAGAGAAGCCCUACAAAUGUAAAGAAUGUGGCAAAGCCUUCAGUCAAAAAGUAGGACUUAUUUACCACAUCAGAUCUCACACUGGAGAGAAGCCCUACAAAUGUAAAGAAUGUGGCAAAGCUUUCAUUCAAAAAUCAGACCUUAUUUGUCACAGUAGAACUCACACUGGAGACAAGCCCUACAAAUGCAAAAAUUGUAGUAAAGCUUUCUUUCGAAAAUCACACCUUGUUUGCCACAGCAAAACUCACACUGGAAUGAAGCCCUACAAAUGUAAAGAAUGUGGCAAAGCUUUUACUCGAAAAUCACACCUUAUUUGCCACAUUAGAACUCACACUGGAGAGAAGCCCUAUAAAUGUAAAGAAUGUGGCAAAGCUUUCAGUCAAAAAUCACACCUUAUUUGCCACAGUAGAACUCACACUGGAGAGAAGCCCUACAAAUGUAAAGAAUGUGGCAAAGCUUUCAGUCAAAUAUCAAACCUUAUUUGCCACAGAAAAACUCACACUGGAGAGAAGCCCCAUAAAUGUAAAGAAAGUGGCUAAGCUUUCUGUCAAAAAUCACACCUUAUUUGCCACAGAAGAAAUCACACUGGAGAGAAGCCUCACAAAUGCAAAGUAUGACAGUGCUUUACUCAAAUAUCAACUCUUAUUUGCCACAGGAGAAUUCACACUCAAGAAAAGACCUACAAAUGUAAGGAAAGUGACAAAGCUUUUAGCAAUAAAAUAAGCCUUAUCCACCAGAGAAGAACUUACACUGGAGAAUAG